AUGGAAGAAGUCAAGAAGACUAUUGGAGAUAGUUGGAAUUAUGUGAUGGUGCCUUCGAUUGGUUUAUCUGGUGGGAUUAUUGUUCUCUGGAAUAUAGCCCUAGCUGAUUUUGUUGUGCGGGAUUUGUCUUCCCAAUGUAUUAUUGGGGAUCUCUCAAUUUUCAACAAUGGUAAAUGGAGAGUGGCUGCUAUCUAUGGUAACAAAGAUUUGUAUAAAAGAAGGGAAUUAUGGAACAAGUUGGAAGUUCAUUCUAAUGAGGAAACACCCAUGGUGAUAGGAGGAGAUUUCAAUUGCCUCAAUUCAAGUGAAGACAAAAGAGGGGGAAGGAAGUUUCAUUUUUCUAAAGGGCCAAAGGAGAUGGAGGCAUUUAUUACUAACAAUGAUUACCAGCAUCUUGCAAGGAUUGCAUCGGAUCAUAGUCCGAUUGUUCUUAAUUUUCUUGAGCAUAAAUCAUCUAAAUCCAAAUGUUUAAAAUUUGAAGAUGUUUGGACUUCCUACCCUGCUGCUUUAUCUGUGGUUAAGAAUGAAUGGAAAAAGUCUUAUUCGGGUUCAAAUGCUCAGAUUUUGAAUUAUAAAUUCAAAAGAGUUUUGAAGGCUCUCUUCUUUUGGAGUAAAGCCAAGCUUAAAAACUUGAAUCUUCUUAAAGAGAAUUUGUUGGAGCAAAUAAUGGAUCUUCAAAACAAAGAAUCUAACAAUGGUUGGCUUAGUAAGGAAGAAUACUGGACAUUAAAAACUAAAAUCUUUGAGCUCAACUCAACAAUGGAUAGAUUAGACUCUUUGUGGAAGCAAAGAGCCAAAGCAAAAUGGUUGAAGGAGGGUGAUACUAACUCAAAGUUUUAUCAUGCAUUUGCUAGUGCAAGGAGGAGUUUAAAUAAAAUUGUGAAAAUUAAAAAUGAUGAUGGAGUGGUUAUUGAAGAACCAAAUCAAAUUGAGGAAGUUAUAAUCAGUUUUCUUAAAAAUAAAUGGAGACAGAGGAACUCGUCUUUGGAAGGGUGGCCACAUCCAAAAGCUAUUUUGAAUGAUAGAGAGAAAGCUUGGCUUACUAGGUAUUUUUCUGUAACAAAAUUUGAAGUUGUUCUAAAGCAAUUAGGAGCUAAUGUAGCUCCAGCAUGUGACGGUAUUACCUAUUCUUUCAUCAAGUGA